AUGGAACCCCCUUCAGCCCCCGCAAAAUCUCAGGAGGCUGAGGGCUCUUUCCCUACCCUUGAGUUUCUAGAUCCCACAGCUCCUCACGUUUUCCUUAAGCCCGUCAAGCAGAUCAACGAGGGUCAAGAUGUUGCUAGAUUCUUGACCUCUAAAGCCUAUCGUGAUAUUGGCAUAUUCGUACUGCAGCUCAACCGAGCCAUGUGUCCACGUAAAUCCCAGGAUCCUGAUGGGAAAGAUAAAAUCCAAACUUUCCUCAUCGGCUCCGAAUAUGAAACCCAGCCAGCGGAGUCCGCGAAAGGUCUUCAGCAAAUGCUCGCCAAAAUAGAAGCUUUAAUGGACAAAGCACCGCCCGAUCAAGGCCCGAGACGCUUUGGUAACAUCAGUUUUCGCAAGUGGUAUCAGUUGCUGGAGGCGGAAGCUACAACUCUUCUCCGAGAGCACCUGCCUGAAUCAGUCUUAAGGCGUAGUUCAGGAGGCAACGGAUCGGAAACGACAGCUGAAGUUGAACUUACAACCUAUCUUCUAGGAGCUUUUGGCAGUGCACAACGUCUUGACUAUGGAACCGGCCACGAGUUAAGCUUUCUGGCCUUCCUUGGGUGCUUGUGGAAACUGGGUGCGUUCAAAGAUGGAAGCCCCAAUGGUGAUGUUGAACGAAAUAUUGUGCUUGGUGUCUUUGAGCCGUAUCUUCGGGUGGUACGCCGUUUAAUUUUAACUUAUACUCUCGAGCCCGCUGGUACACAUGGGGUCUGGGGCUUGGAUGAUCAUUCAUUUCUACCGUAUAUAUAUGGCUCGGCUCAACUCACCCGGGCCAUUUCAGAGACGGAAGUAAUGCCCACUGAGGGAUCACUGUUUCGAGCCCCUAAACCUUCGACGAUUGUCAAGUCUGAAUAUGUUGACGAAGAAAGAAAACGGUAUAUGUAUUUCUCCGCAGUUGGCUUCAUUAACGAUGUCAAAAAGGGUCCCUUUUGGGAACACAGUCCCAUACUUUUUGACAUAUCCGGUAUAAAGGAUGGAUGGGGUAAAAUCAACAAGGGGAUGAUCAAAAUGUUUAACGCCGAAGUUCUCUCAAAGUUCCCUGUCGUGCAGCACUUCCACUUCGGCUCGCUAUUUUCUUGGGACCAAGAUCCAGACGCCGCCACUCCCGCACAAUCUGUCCAUAUGGCGAACCAGCAUAUUGCCUCGUCAUCAAUGCCACGACCUCUUGGCGGCACGGCUGCACCCUGGGCCAACGCAACAAAUAUGCCUGCCCCUGGCAUACUAUACUCAAGAGUGCCUUUACCACCAACACAGCAACAGCGUGAGCCACAUCCCGCAAAUGAGGCAUUUACGGUACCAACGGCGCCAUGGGCAAGAUCGAGCGAUCGACCUAGCGGCUGA